UCCCCUUUCCUUUCCCACAUCCCCACUGUUUUAUAGGCACAGCUUCUCUCUCCACCGCGAGAUAGCCCAGACCAACGCGCUCCCUCAAUUCGCGCAAGGACACCAGACCCCCGACCCGGCCCCCAGCCCCCAGCCCCAGCCGGCGGCGAUGCCACCGACCACGCCCCAGCGCCGGAAUCAGGACGAGGCGCCGCCGCGCGAUUGGCGGGAGGAGGCCGUGUCCGCCGGCUCGCUGCGGCAGGUGGACCUGGACAGUGGCACCAACGGCUGGGCCCCGCCGCCGGGGGACCUGUUCCACCUGCGCGCCCGCGGCUACUUCUCCUCCUCCGGCGGAGGGGGCAGGCGGGCCAAGGCGCCGUCCUCCCCGGAGUGGCUCCUCCGCCCCGCCGGCGUCGACUGGCUCCGCUCCCACGCGCGGCUCGACCACGUGCUCGCCCGCGACGACAACCGCGUCGCCGCCGCCUUCCGCCGCGCGCGUCUCCGGAAGGAUCCCAACGCCCACUUCCUCCUCGCCGUCAACCUCCAGGUCCCCGGCCGGCCGGACGCGUACAGCUCCGUGUUCUACUUCGCGGCGGAGGCGCCCAUCGCGCCGGACUCGCUGCUCGGGCGCUUCGUCUACGGCGACGACGCCUACCGCAACUCCCGCUUCAAGAUCGUGAACCGCAUCGUCAAGGGGCCCUGGCUUGUCCGCGCCACCGUCGGCAACUACGGGGCCUGCCUCCUCGGCCGCGCGCUCACCUGCCGCUACCACAAAGGCGACGACUACCUCGAGAUCGACAUCGACAUCGGCAGCUCGGCGAUCGCCAGCGCCAUCCUGCAUCUGGCACUGGGCGCCGUCACGUCCGUGACCAUCGACAUGGGUUUCCUUGUCGAGUCACAGUCCGAGGAGGAGCUGCCUGAGAAGCUCUUCGGCGCUGUGCGCAUCGCGCAGAUGGAGAUGAGUUCGGCUAAGUACGUGGAGACGGCGGCUGAUGAGGCGGCGCCUGAGACGGCCGGCAAGGCCGGGGCUGGGUUCAGGGUUGGCUCAGCCAAGGUUGCGAACGAUAGCCGCCAUCAGGAACGCGCUAGUGGCAAGGUCAGCAGGUCAAUGAGCUGCCAGGAACGCCUGGGUGGAGGAAAACAGAAGUGAAAAACAGCGACCGUGACAUAUAAAUCUUCAGUCAGAGAAUGAAUCUUGGGUUGGAAAAAUAUGCCGAGAACCGGAGGAGGAACAGGCCCGGGAUACAUAAAAGAGAAAGCCUGGCUAGCUGCUGUUGCCACAAAUGCUCGUCCCUUCAUAAUGUGAUCAGAGCUCAGACCUGAUCGAUGCCAAUACUAGUAGAUUAGUAGCUUAACAUGAGUUGUUAUUCCAAAAAGAAAGUAGUUAACGUGAGUGCUGUUUUAACGACGAUACCCCCCGGCUUCCCUCUGAAAUCUUACACGAGUGAAGUCCAUGAUGAAUGCCAGAAAUCUCAAAUCUGUAUCUGCUUCGUCCCCCUGUGAAUGAAUCCUUUACGGCCAGAGCA